AUGGCGACGGCGGCGUUCGGGCCCUUCUUCCCGGCAUGCCCCGCGCGGCAAGCCGACCCCGCCCCCCUUUCCCCGGCCGGCGCGCAGGCGCAGUCGAAACACGCGAUGGCGGCGGCGGCGGUGGCGGCGGUGGGGGGGCGUCGCGGCUCCUCUUCCUGCUCGUCUCCCGGCGGGGGCGGCGGCGGCGGGGGCGGCUCUUCCUCGUCCGCCGGCGGGGGCGGCGGGGUCGGCGCCGCCUCCCCUUCGCCUCCCUUGGCGCCCUCGUCGGGCCUGGCGCUGGAGGCUCUGGUGGGGCUGCUGCUGCCGCCGCCGCCUCACCCGGGAGCCUCGUCCCCGCCGCCGCCGCCGCCCCCGGGGCUGGCCGGGCUGGUGCGCUGCGCGCGGGACUGCGGGGCGCAGGCGCAGGCGUCGCCGUCGUCGCUAAGCAGCCUGCUGGUCCUGAGCAGCGCCCGGAUGGGCUCCAUGAAGACCCGGUGAGUGCCCCCCC